AUGUUGCUGUAUCUUGUUGUAUUUCUACAUUUGAUCGAAAUUAAUAAUGCAAUUACAAGUCCAAUUCUACCAUAUACAACAUACAAUCAUUCAGUUGAACUUAAAACAAAUAUUGCCGAUCUUUGGUGGACAACAAAUGAACUAAAACAAGAAAUUCUUUUUGAACUACAUAUUCAUACAACAGGAUGGAUUGCUUUAGGUAUCAGUCCAUCUGGUGGAAUGAAUGGUGCUGAUAUUAGUGUUGGAUGGGUAGAUCAAUUGGGUAAUGUAUAUAUUCAAGAUCGAUAUGCAUAUAGUACUAUAACUCCAAUUGUGGACAAUACAACACAGGAUUGGUUUGCACUUCAAGGUCGUGAACAAAAUGGUUGGACAGCAAUUCAAUUUAAACGUUUAUUUGAUACAUGUGAUACAAUGGAUGUAUCAAUUAAGUCUGGAACAAAUAAUCUUAUAUAUGCUUAUGGUCUUAUCGAUCCAAUUAAUGAUAUAACUUAUCAUGAAACACGACGAGGUUCACGUACAUUGUCUCUUCGAUCUUAUAAUGAUCCACCAUUAGAAAGUAAAUUUAUUCAAUUUGAUUAUAUCGAUUUUCGAUUAAAUAAUUAUAUCAUUCCAUCCAUAGAUACAACAUAUUUUUGUAAAAUAUACAAAACACCAACUAAUUAUUCAUCUAAACGACAUGUGAUUGCUAAUAAAUUUUUAAUUGAAUCAACUAAUCAAAAUUUUAUUCAUCAUAUACUCAUGUAUGAAUGUAAUUCUAUGGUUCAAUUUAAUGAUUCAAAUUUACCCGAAGGUAUAUGCCAUGAUAUCGAAAGUCAAAUUGAACUAUGUAGGAUUAAUAUUGCUAUUGCAUGGGCAGUUGGUGGUGAUUAUAUGACUGAAUAUCCUGAAGAAGCUGGUUAUCCAAUAGGUGAUAAUUUUCAAAUAAAAUACUACUUGAUUGAAACUCAUUUUAAUAAUCCAAAUCAAAUAUCAAAUAUAACUGAUAGUUCUGGUAUUCGAUUUUAUAUUAGUAAUCAAUUACGUCAAUAUGAUAUUGGUUAUUUAACAUUUGGUACAGAUAUAAUGGCAACUAGUCUUGCUAUUCCACCAAAUGUUCAAAACUUUAUAGUUGAUUCAUAUUGUCCAAUAAAUGCAACGAAUAUUCCAAAAUCUGGCAUAACAGUUAUAUCAGCAUUUCCACAUGCUCAUUUACAAGCUAUAAAAUAUUUAUUUAAUGGUGAAUUAUUCGAUUUUAAUUAUCAAUUUGAACAUCGUUUUACACAGCCAAUUAAAUUAUAUUCAGGUGACGAAUUUGCGACUCGUUGUGUUUAUAAUACUAUGAAUAAAACGCGUAUUACAUUAGGAGGUGAAAGUGUACACGAUGAAAUGUGUCUUCAUAUAUUUACUUAUUAUCCUCGAAUGAAUGAUACUUCUAUAUGUUUAAAUAUGAUUUCUAUUUUUUCAUGGCAAAAAUUAAUGAACAAAAACUUAUCAUUAAAUUUUAAUCAUGAAGAAUUUAAACAAUGGUUAAUGAAUAUUAAUUGGACAUCACAAUUAGCUACUCAAUGGCAAGAAUUUUAUAAUAAUGCUUCACGUUUUGUCUUGUUUAAUGGACCAAAUAAUCUUGAAAUCAUAACAUUAGUUCAAUUGCCAAAAUAUGAAGAUUUUAAACAAAAUGAAUGCAAUAGAAUAACAAUCAAGAGCGAUAUGAGUUUAAUACUUGGGAAACCAAUAAUUGAUAACACUACAACAGAUCCAUUUACACUUAUAGGUCGUGAACAAAAUGGUUAG